UUGCUGUGGUUUUGUGUGUGGGAUUGUUUGGUUUGGGGUAUUUUUUAUAACGUGAGGUUCAUGUAAGUUUAUAGCAGUUCAUAUGCAACAACCUCUCAGUAAAGUUAGCUUCCCAACAGUUCUUAGCUUGCAAUGAAAUACCUAAAUGUGAACCAUACUUAAAAGUGAAAUAUGUUCUAGAUGCCAGCUUUUGCUCAGUUACUUUUAUUAACCUAAGGAGUUUACCAGAACAAAGGAUGUGUCAAGCUGAAUAGUUUGCAAAGAAGAUACAUAGAUCUUUUAGACUACAAGUCAGUAAACUUUGCUUACGCAGCUGGCUCCAUUCAUUCUCUGAAGCCAAUCACUUCCCCUGUGAUGGCUGAUAAGAAUUCAACAGUUUGAGAAGGUGGAGUGUCAGCAUCCUUAGUGCUGACCACUUUCCCAGGCAUAUCAGUAGCCUCUGUCCAUCACCCAUGCUGGAAGCUUCUUCGAAAAGGAGAAACAGAAAUUGGGGAAGGGAAAUCAUGCAUCAUCAUCCUGGCUGGAAUGUACAGAAGACUUUAUGCUGUUUUCAUCAUGUGGAUUCACUAGAGAAAUGACCCCUUUUGAUCAGCCAAGUAAAGUCAAAAACUUGUUUAUUUGCUGCCUGUGGCCCUCACGGGUACUGAGGCUCUGGACUUGCAGACGCCCAAGGACAAGGAGGAAUCUGCUAGUGGGCGCUGCCUGUGUGAUCUACCUGGGAUUCCUUGUCAGCCAAGUGGGUCAUGUUUUACCACAGCACAAAGGAGGACAUCAAAAGAUCAAUUCCAGGAGUCUCCAAGAUGCAGCUCAAACUCCUUUUCUGGGCAUCCCACUGGAUGGCACCCUGUCACCACCCAAUUUCCAGGAACCCCAGCUUGGUAGCAAUGGGACCUUGCUGCCACCCAAUGUAGUUUAUAUCACCCUGCGGUCCAAGCGCAGCAAGCCUGCCAACAUCAGAGGCACAGUGAAGCCAAAGCGCAGGAAGAAAAAUGCAACCCCUUUGUUCUAUGGGCAACACUUUUCAAAAGCCACUUUUAUGGGCUGGGAAGAGGCCUUUGCCCAACAGCCAGGGCGGGCCACACAUGCUGCAGGCACAAUGGGAGCAGCAAUUGCUCUGGAGGCAAGAAAGUACCAACUGGAUGAACACAGACAUAAAGGAAUGGCUAUCAAGGAGAGAGGUCACCAGAGACCUGGGAGGAUUUCUGGAGCUGUAAAGGCACAGCUCCAGCCUGAGGAAAGCAAUAUCAGGAUUUACAGUGAGAGCUCUCCCUCCUGGAUGAGCAAAGAUGACAUCCUAAGCAUGCGCAUGCUGGCAGAUUCUCCCAUUGAGAGCAUUCAAGAAGUACCUUCGCACAAAGCAGUCCUGGUAGUAUUUGCAAGAGGUCCCAGCACUAUGGGAACUGCUUGUAAUCAAGGACGCUGUGGAAUUGUCAAAAGACCUCUCGACAUGAGCGAGGUGUUUGCCUUUCAUUUGGACCGGAUCUUGGGGCUAAACAGGAGCUUACCUUCUGUAAGCAGGAGAUCAGAGUUCUUCCAAGGCGGUCAAGCCUGUCCUGUUAUUCUCUGGGAUUCCUCACUGAGUCCAACAGAUAAUAGUACCCAUUCUUCAGUGAGGUUAACAUGGGGACAAUAUCAGCAGCUAUUGAAGAAGAAAUGCUGGCAGAAUGGUAAAGUUCCCAAAGCUGAGUGGGGCUGUACUGAAAUCCAUCAUCAUGAGUGGUCCAAGAUGGCACUCUUUGAUUUUCUAUUGCAGAUCUAUAAUCGACUAGACAGAAACUGUUGUGGAUUCAAGCCUCUCAAGGAGGAUUCCUGCAUGCAGCAAGGACUGAAGCUGAAAUGUGAUGAUCAGGAUGCUGUUGACCUGACACACAUCGUUCAGAGAAGGCAUGACCAAAGGCACUUGGCCUUUAUAGACAAUAAGGGUUUCUUUGACAGAAAUGAGGACAAUCUUGACUUCAAAAUCCUACAAGGAAUCGAUGAAUUCCCUGCAUCUGCAGUUUCAGUGCUGAAGAGCCACCGUUUACGUGAGAAGUUGCUCCAGUCUUUGUUCCUUGACAAAAUAUACUGGGAGAGCCAAGGAGGCAGAAAAGGAAUUGAAAAGCUUAUUGAUGUAAUAGAAAGGAGGUCCAAAAUUCUUCUUACUUAUAUAAAUGCACAUGGAGCCAAAGUAUUGCCCAUGAAUGAAUGAAACAGUCUUGUUUCCGUCUGAAAGAAAGUCUUUAAAAAAUGUUUUUGGGGAAAAAACUGACAGUAAAAUUGAUUUAAUUCAUAGCAUUAUUUUUUCCCCAAACUUUCAAGUUUUCUUUUAAAUAAGAAAUCUUACAUGCUUUAAAAUCAACAUUUAAGUGUCAGCUGCAACUCAACACAGUGUAGUCUCUUCUAUGUCACCAGUGAAAUGAAAAAUAACCAAAUGAUACAAUAAAUAAUAUCCUGUAAUAUGUAGGCACCAUGAAUACUCUUUCAGUUAAACUGUUUGGAAAUUAGCAACAGGAUUUUCAGUACAUUAGGCUGGAUUCCUCUUACUUUCCUAAUUGAAGUCAGUAGAAGUUUUUAUUGCAAAUUUAAAUGGGAAAAGAGAUGUGUAAGCACUUGAUACACUGAUGACACUUGAUGAAAUAUGUAUAGUACAGGAAUUUGUCUUUUUAUUGGAUAUACUAAAAUGCCAACAUUUCCAAAGGCUUGUUUUACUUUAUUUUAUUUUGAUCUUUUGAAAUCUGACAACUAAACUCUUUUAAAUGCAGGAGUGUUUGUGCUGCACAUGAGGGAAUUUUAAAAACAGAGCAAGGAGAACAUGGCUUUAACAAUAAUAAUUAUUUUGACAAAUACAGUUUUUAUGUGUCCAGUAUGGAAUACAGUUAGUCAUGAGUCACUCAUUACAAUGUACUAUUUUCAAUGUAAGUUGUUCUGAUGUGUGGGUGGAUGAUCUGAGAUUUUCUUGAUUAACUGGGUAUUUUUUUAAAAAAAUGGCUUUAGCUUUGUGUGAAUAUGCUGCUAAGUAAGUGUACGUUUUGUUUUUGCAAAAUUCUUAACAAUAAUUUUUGAGAAUAUUAUAGAAAAGCAGACCUCCUAAUGACAUGAGUGUUAAACUCAGCAGAGGAAAUGUUUAUUUUGUAUGCUCAGCUCUAGCCAGCAGUUCAGACUUGGGUUCCCGUUAAGACUGCCCAGUGUGGGGUGAUGAUUCUAGCUGAUGACUUGCCCCAAGUGUUCCCACAGGUAACGUUGUUAGGGAAGGUUGGAUAAGCACUUCAGAUUUUUACCCUUGAAAUGCUCCAGAAAUAAAAUAUCAAUUGAUAUAGCCUAUCAUGACAUAUACCUUCUACCUGUCUGUUUAGAAAGACUCUUACCAUUUUUCUAGAGAAAUACCAUCUUUUUGCCAUGAGGUAAUGGUAGAAGUUGGAUACUUUCAUAGCUACUCUUGUCUUUAUGUGUCGUAAAAAUAUAUAGGGUGGAAGAUUUUUGAAAGUGCUUGUGUAAUGUUAUAAAUGACAAACUAAAAUGUCUCAUGUCACUGUUGAUGUGAAUGGGUGAAUUUAAUGUUUUAAAUAACUACAAUUCCACUGCAGCUAAAAUCAGUUUCCUUUCUUAGUAUCAGAAAAACCAUUAACAAUAAUUACAUUACUGGAAGAAAUAGAUCUCAUUAUAGGCAGAGAUAAAAACACUUACUAAAAUUUUAAGACCUUAGUCAGCUAAAUAAUCUUUUAUUUUAUUCUGUCAGCAAAGGAAAGAUCAAUUUGUUAAAAUUUCUUAGAACUUAACUAUUGCCUCGAGAGGAUUUUAGUGUUUUAGAGUGCCUUGGACUUUUUAACAGCACCAAGGUAGAAUUUUAUAGGAUUUUCAUUUUAGCCCUUUCUUAAAAAUAUUGUAACUUAUUAGCCAGAUAAUUUUCAUCAUGGAAACAAAAGUAUUACUUUGGCUUGCACUGUGAACAGAGUCUAGAGAAAAAAAAUAAUCCUCAGUAUCCAUUUCACAUGCAAUUCCUGUUGCAGUAGAUUUCACUGUAUGAUGGCCAUCAUUUUCUAGCCUAUCUCACAGGUUUCUUCCUGCUAGAUACCUGUUCAAAUGCAUUAUCCCUCACUGCUGGGAGUGAGAGAAAGGCACGACUUUCAGCUGUACUGAACUUAGCAGAGGGCCCAGCAGAGUUAUGAAUGUGGCUGAUUAUGACAAGGUCCCAUGAGAACUCUUCUAUCUUUAGACUGCACAUCCUGAUGCUGAGUCACUGCCUCACUUUGCCCAGUUGUAGUUUUUUUCCAGAAUUGGCUCAUUGCCGAAGAAGACAAGAAAAUCCAUUAUCUUUUCAGGCUGGGUCAUUUAUUUUUAUGGUGAUAACUUGAUGCAUUCUUCUCCAUUUCUUCUGGACAUGGACUAGUGUUUCCUUGAGCAUGAUACAUGCUUUUUAUUUGCCUGGCAGUUCAGUGCCAGCUCUUAAAGCAGCAAUGUCAUUGCCUAUGAGUAUGAAAUUGCCCUGAAGCUGACCUGAACCAAUGCCUCUCAGUAGUCCUGGAUUUAAGAGUAGCCACAAUGCUGUGCAGUACUUAAAAUUUUGACCAAGCAUCAAAAGCAUAACUGUAAAAAGCAAAAUUUCUGGAUACUUUCAAAGGGCAAAGGAAUACUCCCUAUGCUGUGUUAGCAUGCCAUAUUUCUUUUGUGUAUGAACACUCUCAUAGUCUUCAGGUAAAUCAGGAGAGUCUUUGUGAUAUUGGACAGUGAGACAGUAUUGCAAAUUGCUUCUAAUUCUCUAAUGUUGAUAACAAACUCCAGAAAGGGCUUCUUCUGUGUAAUAUUUUUCCUGCUGCUGAGGAGCUUGGUACUUAAUCCAAUAUUGUUAAUAAUGCAAAAUAUGCUUGCAAUAGCUCUUACGAAUGCAUACUAGCCAAGUUCCAUUAUUUUUUAAAAUGAAAAUGAAGAAUUCUGUAUUUUUUGAGUGCAUACAUUUGGAUAAAUGCUAUAGUAAAAAAUUCAGAAGGAACACUGCUACUACACUUAAGAGAACCUGCUUCAGUAGCAGGGGUAAAGUUUAUUGGGAAAUUGGUUCACAUCCUUUGGAAGUAGCCUGACUUUGGACUGACAGGAACUGCACUAUAGCUAAAGUAAUAUUAACUGAGAGGAAAAAUCCCAAAGAAGCCUUACUCAACCUAUUGAGAUUGAUAGAAAGCGAAGAAACUGUGCUUUUAGUCCUCUUUGCUGGGCUCUCUUCCAUUUCUGGGCAUGUGGGGUCAGACAAAGAUUCGUGUUGCAUAUUACGUGGAAGGGUGUAACCAACAGCAACAGUGCAAAACCUGUGGGUGGGAAAAGGCGAUUAUGUCAUUCUUGAAUCUGCCUGAAAGCCAGAACCACAUGAAAUGGAAUUACUGAGAAAGUCAAAAGAGUUUGCUGAUUUCAUAGCAUUGGAAGACAGAGCUUAAAAUAAGUAGCACAGGCACAGAUGCCUUAAAAUUCCUUGGGAGCCUGCCAGCAAGUUAAUAGUCUUAAAUGUUUCAGAAGCUGAGGAUAUGAAAACUGUGGAGCACUGUGAGAGCAGUUUCCUUCUUUUCUUGUGCGGGUAUUCUAUAAUACACUAUAUUAAAUAAAUUUUAAAAAAAGAUUAAUUCCAUGGUUUCAAACUUACAAAUACAGAUUUAGGGUACAUUAAAGGACAAGGUUUCCAGAGCAGUUCUGGGAACGCUCUCAUGCAUGUGUGUGUGUAUGCAGACACAAAAAUACAUGUAUAUGUAUUUAUACUUUGGCUUGUUUCUAUAAAAUGGUCAAUUUGGCUAAUAAAGAGUGAACUGUUUAUACAAUUUACUGUUUACAUGUAGAAUUGUAUCUGUGAGCAUAAGUCCAACUUUGGGUAUACACAAGUGGAGUUUAAACAAAACAUUAUAAUAGAUGAAUCUUUUGUUCUCAGAGGAUUGAUUCUUCUUUUGCUAGCACAUUUAUAUAAUCUUUUGUAGAGAAAAACAACAAUAUGUUUGUAUCUGUGCUAAACUUCCAGGGUGAUAUCAACUCAGAUUUUUUUUUAAGUUUUAUAAUAGAUAUUGAAUUUCCAUUUUAUUUUGGAAUUUGUGAAUUUUAAAAGUCUAUUUGUCCUUUAAUUAGUAACAGUAACAAUGUUUUCACGAGUAAUGACUCAUUUGAAUCUCUGCUGCUAUUGUCAUGUAAUAUGUAGGAAUAUACAAAAUAAAGAAAUAUCUUUAUCAGA